AUAUUACAUCAAACGUACCGACGGCGUCGUUUGGAUCUGACUUCCGUCCACGCACCGUUUUCUUGGUCUAGAUUGUUCUGGAAUGUACACCAAGCUUAACCGGGCUAAGCGUACCUGCCUGGAGGCUAGAACCAUCGGUGAACCCGGAAAAGUUCGUAUCUUCAACCCAAGGCCAUUCAUACAAUCCCAUCUACACUCAAUUACUCUUUCGACGAUCGAAUAAUAAAAGACGCAAUCUCUCUCUUUCUCCAUUUUUAGCUUCUCCACCACCAACAGGAAAAAGAAAAGACUUUAGCUGCUCUGAGGUAUCAUGGCAGAACAGUUCUCGAAUGAAGGUUCCAGUACAAGCAAAAUAUCUGGUGAAGACUCAGAUGCAAAUAUAGAGCUCAAUAUCAAGACCCUAGAUUCACAGAUUUAUAGUUUUAAGGUGGAUAAAAAUAUGCUGGUUUCAGCAUUCAAGGAGAAAAUAGCAAAUGAAAUCGGCGUUCCAGUAGGUCAGCAAAGACUGAUUUUCCGGGGAAAGGUCUUGAAAGAUGAACACAUUCUCUCUGAGUAUCAAGUGGAGGAUGGGCAUACCUUGCACUUGGUUGCAAGGCAGCCAACACAAGCACAAUCUUCAGCUGAUACAAGCUCUGGUGACAGCAAUGCAAGUAAUGGUAGCCGAGGAAAUGUUGCUAGUUCAGGCACCCCUCAAAACCGCAUUGGGCAAAUAUCCCACAGUGUAGUUCUUGGGACCUUUAAUGUUGGGGAUCCAGGUGAAGGCACUGUUCCAGACCUCUCACGGGUCAUUGGUGCAGUGCUGAACUCUUUUGGCAUUGGUGGUCAGACUGCAACUAAUGGCAUUGGUGGCAUGCAGUCCUCUACCAUGCCAAAUGUUAGCAGUCAGGCUGCCCAAGGAAAUGAAACUGCAGGUGCAUCACAAAGCAAUGCUGGUGGACCGAAUGAAGCAGGAAAUCAAACAGAGUCUGGACAGGCAUUUCCUGGUCAACCAUUUCAAUCACCACCUCAAGUCAUGCAAAUUCCUCUAACUGCAGCAGUACCUCUUCCUUCACUUGAUUUGCCAAUUCCUGAUUCUUUGAGAACACUUACUGAGUUCAUGACACGUAUGGAGCAGGCACUAGCACAAUAUGGGUAUCAGCCAAAUACAUCUUCAAACAGCACAGGCAGCACGCCAAGGUUCGAAUUACCUUCUAAUUCACGAGGUUUGCAAGCAUUAAACAUUGUCCUGCGACAUGCAGAACAGCUUCUCAAUGGGCAUGCGAUCACUGCAUUAUCUCAUAUUGCAGAACGCCUGGAACAAGAUGGAGCUUCUAGUGAUCUUUCUAUAAGGGGCCAAAUUCAGACGGAAUCGGUGCAAGUUGGCCUUGCAAUGCAGCAUUUAGGAGCUCUUCUUUUGGAGCUUGGUCGGACAAUGUUGACAUUGCGAAUGGGACAAUCUCCUGCUGAAGCUUCUGUAAAUCCUGGACCUGCAGUUUAUAUAUCUCCAUCAGGACCUAAUCCUAUAAUGGUCCAGCCCUUUCCUCUACAAACCAAUUCCCUCUUUGGUGGUUCUGUCGCACAAUCAAAUUCUACGAAUUUCGGUCCUGUCGGUAUCGCUAAUGCCCCAAGGAACAUAAAUAUCCAUAUAACUGCUGCAGGUACCUCAUUGGCACCAGUUGUGUCAACUUUGGGUACCCGGGCAAGUAAUGGGGAGGGCAUGCAGGGAGAACGAGUUAAUGCUACUGGUUCAAGUCAAAUGCGUGUGCUACCAGUGAGAAAUAUCAUUGCAGCAACCAUGCCCUCACGUUCUACUGGUAUUGCAGUUCCAAACGCUGCGCAACCUGGUCUUAGUGUGUCUAUUUCACAGCCUCCAUCUGAUUCCACGUCACUAUCCUCUGUGAUAUCUGAAGUCAGUUCACAACUAAGAAGUAUUGUUGGUAACAUUCAAGGAGAAAACCAACCUACAUCAGGCUCUAUUAGUUCUAGUGCGGGUAAUGACACAGCCACUGAACAGCCCAAUGGGGCAGGGGAGUCUACUGUCGCCUUACCUGAGUCAAUGUCUGAAGGCGAUAAACAGGAACAAGAUGAUCAUAUCCAAGGAAGUAAUGAUGAAGCUAAGGAGAGGUUUUUCAGCACUCAAGAUGUCCAGUCUUGCUCCGUGGAAUGCUCAAGUGGAGUAACCUCAAUAAAAUCAGAAGAGACUUCAGAAAGUGCCUCAAGUUCCAGUGAGAAGCGUGAUUUUUCAGAAGGUGGUCAAGGUGUUCCACUUGGAUUGGGGAUGGGGAGUUUGGACAGAAAGAGGCGAACCAAACAGCCAAAAUCAUUGGUCAAAAGUGGCGAUGAUGGAACUAGUGACACCCCCAUCAGCCAGAACCUGAACAUUGGAAUGAGUGGUCAACAGCUUCUACAAUCUCUUGCUUCUCGUAGCUCUAGUACAAAUAGGGUGGGUGCAAAUGACACUCAAACAGGUCAACUCCCCCCAUCUGGUGGUAGGAACCCUGAGAGUGGAUCCCUGGGACACCAAGAUUCUGAUGCUCAGUCCGAUACUGCUAGCAUUAUGUCUCAGGUGAUACGUAGCCCUGCAUUGAAUGGUUUAUUGGCUGGUGUCUCAGAGCAAACUGGAGUUGGUUCUCCCAAUGUUUUGAGGAAUAUGUUGCAACAGCUCACGCAGGACCCACAAUUAAUGAGUACUGUCAGCCAAAUUGCUCAGCAGGUUGAAGGCCAAGACCUUGGGAACAUGUUCUCAGGUUUAGGAAGUGGCCAAGGCAGUGGCAUUGAUCUCUCAAGGAUGAUGCAACAGAUGAUGCCGGUAGUUUCUCAGGUCCUUGGUCGUGGGCCAACUGCUCAGCCUUCACCUCAUGUGGAACCUGAAUCCCAGUACAGUGAAAGUAGAUUGGAUGGAAAUGAAAAUCCUGAUGGUCGAAAUGUUCAGAUUGAUCUCCAGGAAGUGGCUCAGAGAAUUGGACAGUGCAAUGCACCUGGAGAUAUGUUCCGAGCUAUAGCAGAAAAUGCAGCUAGGUUGACUGGCAAUGAAAGCAGUUCCCAGGAGAUUGUGCAUGAGUUAAGCAACAAUGAAGACCUAGUUAAUGAUUACAUAGAGAUGCUACAGCUUGAUUUACAUCAGCGGCUUCAGAGAGAGCAUGGGCAGGACUAGCGCCAACUUUUUGCAAGGGAAAGGGUUUUGAAUCAUUUUGUUUUUUAUUGGCAGAAAGUUUUGCCAGAACUUAUUCAUCAGAGCCAGGAUAACUUCUUAAUGAAUUAACUUGUACAAUCCUUGUACAAAUAUGUGCUCCAUGAUAUAGUUGAUUUGCCAUUUUUGGGUUUAUCAAGUACGAAUUAGUAUAUGUGCUAUAAAUUACUGAUAAAGCAAUUUGAUUUGCCAUUUUGCGGUUAA